CUACUUUUUGACUUUCACCACCAUUUUCCCCACCACUUUCACCACCAACUCAAUUAUGCAACAACACAUAUUGUUUCAGCCAUCAAGUCUUUUCUUCCCUCACCAAAACGUGUAGAAGAAGUUGAGAAAGGGAGAGAGAGUUUCCUCCAACUCCAAAUUGUAACUUGAAGAGGUCAAACACGAGAUUAAUAAUCAGUCAAGGAGCUACUGUACCACAGAAAAUUUCUAUCAGGUUGAGCAGCUGCCGAUGGUGAUGAAGUGACGAGCGGGACUCUUUUGUCUUAUUAUGUAUUAAUGAACUCUAGGGUUACAUGUCUUCAUACAUGUAAUCAGAACCUUAUUCCGCUGCGUACUCAGAAGUUUUAUGUUAUUUUGGAUAAGUCGGAGUUAUCCGAACUUGUUAGUUAUUUGAGUCUAUACGACAAAAACUCUGUUAUAUUAUAGAUAUCCAUGUUGUUAACAAUGAUGAAAUACGAUCCUUUCUUGUUUGAUUAUUCCCCUUUCUACCCCGCUUCUAAUCUCCCUCCAUUAGCCACGAUUUCCCGGCUUAAUUAUCCUUAAUUAGGACCGGUCGUGACAGAGUGGUAUCAGAGCAGUUCAUUUGCUCUGAACCCUAGAGUUAGCCCAUUUUUCUAGUAUGAUCACUAGUAUAUAUGAGUCAGUCAGCCAAAGCUCAUCACUUCAUCACAUCGUCAUGCUCAGCAAGAAAGAAGGUGGUAAUGAUUUUAAAACAUUGAGAAGUUCACGUUUUAUAUGAAUGUACUGAUGCUUACAUUCAAGUUUUAUGCUUUAUUGAUUGAUUAGAUAUCUCAAUGAACUUAGAUGCGUUAAGAAUGCAUGAUCACUGUUACGAGAAGAACAAUAGAAGCUAGAAACUCAGUUAUAUUUCACUAUAGCCAUGGUGAAGAGCUAAGAAAGAAAAAGAGAAUCCCAUGAAAGCAGUGCAAGCGGAGUGCCACGCACGAAUCACUGAAGCAGGCAUAGUUCUUCAUUCAGGUUGUUCACGAGUGACAGAACACCGAAUCGACUAUUGCCUUAUUUGAUGAUAGAUCACGUGAGUCAUUGCUCGUAGCGACGAGUGUGACUUAUGUAAUCAGCUAGCUAUCGCAUAAUGAGCUAAGACUCAUUACUAACUCUCGAUUAUCACCAGUUAUGGCAUGAAGAGAACCUUCAUGAUUUAUGUUUGAACUUCAGAGUCGGACUCAUAUGCAGUUAUAACACUUUGUGUAUGAUGUUAUAGCAUCGCGAUUAGAACUGCCAGCUUACAGUUUCAGAUAUUCAGAACCUUUAUGAUUACAAUUACCUAUUAUAUUACACGUGAGCAUGAUUUAGAAUCCCUAUUGAUUACGAUCACCUGCUACAAAUCGAAAGGAGGAUAGGUGCCAUGGGUAACUAGAAGUUACCAACCAUUAUGAUUGACUAGAAAAAUCUAUACAAGUGCGUAAGACGGGAGGAGUUCCUGAAGAUGGUUUGGAGUUUAACAAGAGCUAGAAAUAUCGACAAUGGUUCGAUGUUAAAGUUAAGAGAUUGAGAUUAUGAUGAGAGACUAAGCAGGUUAAGUAUGCAUACCUUAGUCGAUCAGAGACAUUCCCCAGUUAGAACAUUUUAGACCAAACAUUCAGUUUAGUAGCCAGAAUGCAAGCAUUGACUAAGGUCAUUCCAUGACUUAGAAUUACACAUGGGGACACAUACCCUAUAAAGGUACUCAGAUGAGCAAAAGCUAUUUCCUUAUUGAAUGCGUGAUGAUUCAGAAGGUCUUUUGCAAUAACACGGAAGAGUGCUUCAAAUUAUAUGGUUGCAUUUCAAGAGCUAUGUGAAGAAACACUAAGUACUAGAAGUACUACAGUAAGAUCAUAUAGAGGAACAUUGUUGAGUAAGGUCGAGCCUACCUUAUUUCACCUAUAGAAAAUGUUUAAGGAUUGCAUUAAACUAGGAGGCAGACUCCAAGUUUGAGAAGCUCUAGAAUAUUCUCAAGGACAUGUUCAAGAUAUUAAGAAGAAAGUGGUGAUUUUAGACCAAAUAUACCUUUUGCAGCCAAGGAACAAGAAUUGCCAAGUUCGGAAAAGUAUUUCCGAAUGACUGAGAAGUAGUUGUGUCGGACCUGGCCAGUCCACAUGGCCAAAAUCUCAGUAGUCGUCAUAUAUGGGUCUUUAAACCUAUAUAUUUUAAACCUUCAUCUGAAAAGCCAAACGGGUUCAGACUAUUAGGUCAUUUCGUUUCGACCUUUCAGUCAAUUCAUUUCUACCCUAUGGUUAUUCAUUUUCAAUUGUUUGGCAAAUUAUUGAAACACUUUGCCUAAUUGCCAUUUGUUAUUUGAAUCAUUGCGAUCUACUAGUUGUUGGUAGAUUUUCUGUGACCCAAGGACAAACAGAUACUUAUCUGAUUAAAUCAGUCAAACACAUAUGCUUCAACCCAAGGGUCAAGCACGUAAUGCAUACAGACAAUCUCUUGUGCAUUUAGUAGGACCUUAUUUGUGUAUUUCAAAAACGAUGAUCAUUUCGAUGCUUUUGUAUGCCCCUAUGUUGGCUUAGUUAUUUUGACUAGUAUUAGUACGAAAAUGCUGGUUCAUAGGGCAUUUCGGAACUGAGCUCUUUCAUGAUGACCUUGCUAGAUAGCUAGUUCAUCGUAUAAUGCUUGGAUAGAUCACCAGAUCUAUAUUCAAUUGUUGAUGAAAUAGUCCUCAUUGAUACUAAUUUCCCAUGUCUAUGUAGCGACCCUAUCAGUCUUUUGCGGCAAGUUACUUCCGCUAUGUUAUUUAUAUACUUUCAUGAGGAAGAGUAUGAGCGAGAUUUGAGAAUCAAGAAAAUAAUUUACAGAAUCGAUGAUAUGCAUCUGUGUAUUACAUUGGUGACUAUAUGUCGACUCAUCGGAAUGCCAACAAAGCAAAGGCGUCCGAGAGAAGUUGGAUAGAACAAUAGUAUGCCUUGUGAUGUUGCAUUAACAACUUGUGUUUUGACCUAAUAGAAUGCCGUCAAAACGAGGACGACCAAGAGGAGGGGGCAGGAUUCCCCGAAAUGAAGGAAGAGGCCCAGAAACAGGGCCAGAACCAGAAAUAGUUCAACCACCUGUUCAGCCAGAACGACGGAUUGAAGAAUUAUUCUUGCGACAGAACCCACCUACCUUCAACGGGACAGGAGACCCGGCAGAAGCUGAGACUUGGGUUCGCGCUAUUGAACGCAUUUUCAACUUCCUGCGUUGCACCGACCAAGAACGCCUGACUUGUAUGUCCUUUCAGUUGACUGGGUCAGCUGAUUUCUGGUGGGAAGCAAGGAUGAAAACGAUGACAGCAGAGCAGUUAGAAAACCUGACUUGGGAACAAUUCAAAGCCGGUAUAUAUGACAAGUAUAUACCCAAGAGCUACCGCAAGAAAAAGGAGGCUGAAUUUUACAAUCUGAAACAAGGAAAGAUGUCGGUAACUCAAUACGACAGGAUGUUCUGCGAUAUGUCUAGAUAUGCGCCGGAACAAGUUGACACAGAUGAGAAGAUGGCUGAAAAGUUUUGUGCCGGUCUGAGGCACGAGAUUAGGAUGGCUUUGGCAAGCCACGGAGGAUUGUCUUACACUGAGUCGCUCAGCCGAGCGUUAGACAUUGAGGCAGCCAUGCCAGGAGAAAGACUUGCAAUUAUACCUGCGCCAGCACCUCCACAUGAUCAAAAUCAUAAUCAGAAUUUCAAAGGAAAGAGGAGAUGGGACAACAGUAACCCGAACCAAGGCGAGAAGAGGCCAUGGCAGGGACGGGUCUUCCAGUCACAAGGUUAUGGAAGCCAGGGCGCACCGAAACAGAUGGGAAAUAACCAACAAAGAGCCCCACAUUGUCCCAAAUGUAACAAAAGUCAUAUGGGAAUUUGUAAGGCCGGCAGUGAUAGUUGCUAUAUCUGCAACCAGAAGGGGCACUAUGCAAAUCGGUGCCCGAAUAAGCAACAUGGAACGAGUUUAAGGCCAAACCCACCUAUCCAGGCUCCGCAUCUGCGAGCAAUCCAAGCUCUGCCCCAACCAUACCCAAGGCAGCAACCACAGUAUCAGCAGCCACAGCAGCACCAACAGCUACAGUACCAACCACAACCUCAACAACCGUAUCAGCAACAGGCCCGCCAACAACAGCAGCGACAACAGAAACAACAUGAAAAGCCUCGUCAUGCUAGAGUCUAUGCUAUGAGGCAGAAACAGCCCGAGAACAACCAGGGAAACCUGGCAGGUAUGGGCAUGCUACUCAAUACUCCUGUUGUACUUCUAUUUGAUACGGGCGCAUCGCAUACUUUCAUUUCAAGUACAUGUGUUGACACAUUAAAAUUUAAAAUGGAAAGAGCUGACCAGAAGUUGAGUAUAUCAUCACCUAUAGGAGGGAUGACGACAGUAGAUCAUGUGUGCUUGAACCUAGAACUGAACAUAGGGUCACUCAAGAUUGUAGUGAACAACUCCUAUGUUAUACCGAUGGGAGAUGUGGACAUAAUCCUAGGAAUGGACUGGCUAGUCGAGAACUAUGCCACCAUCCUUUGUAACGAAAGACGGAUAUCGUUUCGACCCCCAGGAAGGGAGCCGUCACAUUUCCACAGAAUUAGUAUGGGAAGAAGAAAAAUGAUCAUCUCCGCCCUGCAAGCAACGAAAAUGAUGAAGAAGGGAUACCCAGCUUACCUCGUAUACUUGCACGGAGAAUUGGGUACUGAAAAGAGUAUAGAAGAUGUAGAAAUUGUACGGGACUUUUCAGAUGUAUUUCCAGAGAUUCUGCCAGGACCACCACCGGACAGACCAAUUGAGUUUACCAUUGAUUUGGAGCCCGGGGCAGCUCCCAUUUCGAAGGCACCAUACCGAAUGGCUCCUAAAGAGUUGGAAGAACUCAAGAUACAACUGCAAGAACUUUUAGAACUUGGAUUCAUUAGGCCAAGUGUAUCACCUUGGGGUGCACCCGUACUUUUUGUGAAGAAAAAGGAUGGCACAUUGCGAAUGUGUAUAGACUAUAGAGAACUGAACAAAGUGACACUGAAGAACAAAUAUCCUUUACCAAGGAUAGAUGACCUCUUCGACCAGCUCAAGGGAGCAAGCGUGUUCUCGAAGAUUGAUUUGCGAUCUGGUUAUCACCAGCUGAAGAUUCGACCAGAAGACGUACCUAAGACGGCAUUUCGAACUAGGUAUGGCCACUACGAAUUUGUAGUUGUGCCAUUCGGGCUAACUAAUGCGCCAGCUGUGUUCAUGGACCUCAUGAAUCGAGUGUUUCAUCCGUACUUAGACAAAUUUGUCUUGGUGUUUAUAGAUGACAUCCUGAUCUACUCGAAGAACGAGAAAGACCAUGAGGAACAUCUGAGAAUUGUCCUAGAAACGUUGAGGACGGAGCGCCUUUAUGCCAAAUUCAGCAAGUGUGAGUUUUGGCUCAGCGAAGUCACGUUUUUAGGACAUAUUGUAUCAUCAGAAGGGAUUAAAGUGGACCCUGAAAAAGUGCAAGCGGUGCGUGAAUGGAGAUCGCCUACUAACCCUAAUGAGAUAAGAAGUUUCUUAGGAUUGGCAGGUUACUAUCGGAGGUUUAUGGAAGGAUUUUCCAAAAUUGCAAGGCCAAUGACGCAACUACUCAGGAAGGGAAUAAAAUUUUCUUGGACAGAGGAGUGCGAGAAGAGCUUCCAAGAACUCAAGGAAAAGUUGACUACGGCACCAGUGUUAGCCGUCCCAACAGCUGAUAAGGAAUACGUGAUCUACACAGACGAGUCCAAAAAUGGACUUGGUUGCGUGCUGAUGCAAGAAGGAAGAGUGAUAGCAUAUGCGUCACGAUAGCUUAGGCCACAUGAACUGAAUUACCCGACUCAUGAUCUGGAGUUAGCUGCAGUGGUGCAUGCGCUGAAGAUUUGGAGACACCACCUAUAUGGAGUUAGGUGUGAAAUAUUCACAGACCACAAAAGUCUGAAAUACUUUUUCGAGCAAAAGGACCUUAAUAUGAGACAAAGGAGAUGGCUCGAACUAGUGAAAGAUUAUGACUGUGGUAUUAACUACCACCCAGGCAAGGCCAACGUAGUGGCUGAUGCAUUGAGUCGUAAGACUCAAUCUAAAUUGGGAGCUCUCAUCACUCGAGAGACGGUGCUCAUAAGGAAAUUUAGCAAAAUGAGCAUAGAAGUGGUUAAACCACCAGGGACGAUAGCAAGCGUUGUGGCAACGGUACCUAACUUGAGGAAGACGAUCGUAGAAGCACAAAGAAAAGACGGGAAGAUGGAAAAACUACGGGAAACAGUAAGGAAAGGAGGCGUCAAGAAUUAUCAAGAAGCAUCAGAUAAUGCUAUCCUCUUUGAGGGAAGGAUAUGCAUCCCCCACGAUGAUGAGCUUAAGGAUAAAAUCAUGAGUGAGGCUCACGAUACCCUUAUACUGCCCACCCAGGGAGUACUAAGAUGUAUCAGGACCUAAAGAAACACUUUUAGUGGGAAGGCAUGAAGAGAGACAUAGCGUCAUUUGUGGAGAAAUGCCUGGCAUGCCAACAGGUGAAGGCCUUACACCAAAGGCCAUAUGGAAAACUACAAUCGUUGGAAAUUCCAGAAUGGAAGUGGGAGCACAUCGCAAUGGAUUUUGUGACCAGUUUGCCCAAAACAAAGAGAGGAAACACUGCCAUUUGGGUAAUAGUGGAUCGACUCACAAAAUGUGCUCAUUUUAUACCAAUACCGAUCACACACGGGUCAGACAAGCUAGCUCAGUUGUAUGUUCGAGAGAUUGUACGCUUACACGGUGUACCCGUGUCAAUCACAUCAGAUCGAGACUCGAAGUUCACAUCUAGAUUUUGGAUGAGCUUACAGAAGGAGUUAGGCACGAGGCUAAAUUUCAGCACCGCCUUCCACCCGCAGACAGAUGGGCAGUCUGAAAGGACAAUUCAGACCCUUGAAGAUAUGUUGAGAACAGUGGUGUUAGACAGAGGUGGAAGUUGGGAAGCAGUGCUGCCGUUGAUUGAAUUUGCCUAUAAUAACAGUUACCAGGCAACUAUCGAUAUGGCACCAUAUGAGGCAUUAUAUGGAAGAAAAUGUAGAUCACCGCUUUAUUGGGAUGAAGUGGGUGAGAGAAAAGUUUUAGGACCAGACAUGGUCAAUGAGAUGGUUGAGAUAGUCCGCCAGAUCAGAGGGCGAAUAAAAGAGGCACAAGAUAGACAGAAAUCUUACGCUGAUGCACGUCGAACUGAGUUAUGUUUUGAAAUAGGAGACAAGGUCUUCCUAAAGGUAUCUCCUACCAAGGGGAUAACUAGGUUUGGUGUCAAGGGAAAACUUAGGCCCCGAUUCGUAGGACCUUAUGAGAUUUUGGAGAGAAUAGGCCCAGUAGCCUAUAGGUUGGCGUUACCGCCAAGCUUUGGAAACGUUCACAAUGUUUUCCACGUAUCACAACUCAGGAAAUACGUUUUCGAUCCAAAGCACAUAAUCCACCAAGAAGAGAUGAUCCUUUGUCCAGACUUGAGCUAUGAAGAAAGACCAGAGGCCAUUCUAGAUCGAAAAGUACAACAACUCAGGAAUAAGGCAAUCACAUCAGUGAAAGUCUUAUGGAGACACCACGGACAAGAGGAAGCCACGUGGGAGCUUGAAGACAAAAUGAAGGAGAAAUACCCCGAACUGUUUUAGAAGAAAUAUGCAAAUUUCGGGACGAAAUUUUUGUUAAGAGGGGUAGUAUGUAGUGACCCGCUCUUUUAUAUAUUUUAAAUCUAGUAAUGAGUGUUUAUUUUUGUUCAUCAGUGAAUGAAAACGGUUUUUAUCCUAAUAUGAAUUCAGCUUAUGAUCCUGAAUUUAUAUUGUUAAAGCAGUUAAUGAUAUUA